GCCGUAGAUGGUAGAUGAUGGGCUUGAUUACUACGUUAUCCUUUAUUUUAUUUACCCACCGAUGACCCUCCUUCCCCGCGUUGGGUUCUAAUGGCAACCACCCAUUUCAAGCUCGUCACUCCGCCGGAAUCUUCCCGCGCCGAUCGUCCGGGAGCUACGAAGGCCUCCGACGCAUUCCAGGAGAAGAAAUCUGUGUCGGUGAACUACGACCGAGGGGAGCAUGACCCCUCUGUCCGGGUCGACGGGUUCAGGAAAUCGGAUAUUCCGAGACGCUACCGGCUUAGGGUUGAGAACGACCGGUUUCAGAAGGAUUGGACCGUAUCGGAGGUGGUGGACCGGCUUAUGGCUCUCAAUCGCUGGGACCAAGUUGAUGGCGUUCUCAAUUCAUGGGUCGGCCGGUUCGCUAGAAAGAAUUUCCCGGUUCUUAUCAGGGAGCUCAGUAGAAGAGGAUGCAUCGAGCUUUGUGUAAAUGUUUUCAAUUGGAUGAAGAAUCAGAAGAAUUAUCGUGCGAGGAACGAUAUAUACAAUAUGAUGAUCAGGCUUCACGCUAGGCAUAAUUGGGUUGAUCAGGCUCGUGGUCUCUUCUUCGAAAUGCAGAAAUGGAGCUGCAAACCGGAUGCCGAGACGUACAAUGCUCUCAUCAAUGCACAUGGUCGUGCUGGUCAGUGGCGCUGGGCUAUGAAUCUUAUGGAUGACAUGUUACGUGCAGCUAUUGCUCCUAGCCGUUCAACCUACAACAAUCUGAUCAAUGCUUGUGGAUCGAGUGGAAACUGGAGAGAGGCUCUUGACGUUUGCAAGAAAAUGACAGAUAACGGAGUUGGUCCUGAUUUGGUGACCCACAACAUUGUCUUGUCGGCAUACAAGAGUGGUCGUCAGUACUCAAAGGCGCUAUCUUAUUUUGAGCUCAUGAAGGGAGCCAAAGUUCGUCCCGACACCACCACUUUUAACAUCAUUAUAUAUUGCCUGUCGAAGCUUGGUCAGAGUAGCCAAGCCCUAGACGUGUUCAGUUCCAUGAGGGAAAAGAGAUCUGAGUGCCGACCUGAUGUUGUGACAUUCACUAGCAUCAUGCAUUUGUACUCUGUCAGGGGAGAGGUGGAGAACUGCAGAGCCGUGUUCGAAUCAAUGCUUGCGGAAGGUCUGAGACCUAACGUUGUUUCCUACAAUGCCUUGAUGGGUGCCUAUGCUGUUCAUGGAAUGAGUGAAAAUGCUCUCUCGGUUUUCCAAGAGAUAAAGGGGAACGGUAUGCUCCCUGACGUGGUCUCUUACACGUGCUUGCUCAAUGCUUACGGAAGAUCACGUCAGCCUGAAAAAGCAAAGGAGGUGUUCCUCAUGAUGAGGAAGGAAAGGAGAAAGCCUAACGUUGUUACUUACAAUGCACUGAUUGAUGCUUAUGGGUCUAACGGGUUUCUUGCUGAAGCUGUGGGAAUCUUCCGGCAGAUGGAGCAAGACGGCUUCGAGCCGAAUGUUGUUUCGGUGUGCACUCUUUUGGCUGCUUGUAGUAGGUCUGGGAAAAAAGUGAAUGUUGAAACUGUACUCUCCGCAGCACAGUCAAGAGGUAUCAAGCUCAAUACGGCAGCCUAUAACUCAGCCAUUGGAAGCUACAUAAAUGGUGCAGAACUUGAGAAGGGCAUUGCAUUGUAUCAGACUAUGAGAAAAAGGAAAGUCAGGGCUGAUUCCGUUACUUUCACUAUCCUUAUAAGCGGUUCAUGUAGGAUGUCAAAAUACCCUGAAGCAAUUAGUUACUUGAAGGAGAUGAGAGAUCUCAGUAUUCGAUUGACGAAAGAGGUGUACUCUUCUGUUCUAUGUGCGUACAGCAAACAGGCAAGUGUUUUAGAGUUUUGCUCAGAAGAAGACUGCACUCUUGAAUUCCUGUAUGGUUUGAUUUUUCACUUACGCUGUGAUAAUCUCCAGGGUCAAGUUAGCGAAGCGGAAUCCAUAUUCAACGAGAUGAAGAUGGCUGGGUGCGAACCUGAUGUGAUCGCCUAUACUUCAAUGCUCCAUGCUUACAAUGCUUCAGAAAAGUGGGAAAAGGCUUGUGAACUGUUCCUGGAAAUGGAAGCAAAUGGGAUAGAUCCAGAUUCUAUUGCAUGUUCAGCUUUGAUGAGAGCUUUCAACAAGGGAGGCCAACCGUCAAAUGUCUUUAUCCUGAUGGAUUUAAUGCGUGAGAAAGAAGUCCCCUUCAAUGGAGCAGUUUUCUUUGAGAUCUUUUCGGCUUGUAACACCUUGCAAGAAUGGAAAAGAGCUGUAGACGUCGUCCAGAUGAUGGAGCCUUAUCUUCCAUCGCUUUCUAUCGGCUUAAUUAAUCAGAUGCUGCAUCUUUUUGGGAAGAGUGGUAAAGUCGAAGCGAUGAUGAAGCUGUUCUAUAAGAUAAUAGCAUCUGGUGUUGAAAUCAACCUCAAGACUUAUGCAAUACUAUUGGAUCAUCUUUUAGCUGUUGGAAACUGGAGAAAAUACAUUGAGGUUUUAGAGUGGAUGAGUGAUGCUGGUAUUCAACCCUCAAACCAAAUGUAUCGCGACAUUGUUUCCUUUGGUGAAAGAAGUGCUGGGAUCGAGUUCGAGCCUCUAAUACGCCAAAAAAUGGGUGAGAUGAACACGAAUAAAGUCAGUUAUAUGAAUUUUGGUUCAGCUAAAAUCAUUGAGAAACAAAGGAGAGAAGAUCUGAGUCCACCUCAUAGACACGAAGGCACAUUGUAAUUUCCAUUGUAUAGAUUUUUGAAGUGAGUGAUAAUUUAUACUCCAUAUUUUUAAACUUGUAAUGCUCUCUGUCAAUACGAUAAUCUGGUUCACAAAACGAAAUAAUUUGAGGUAUUGAAAAUAAACGUAGAUUGUUGGCUAUAGAGUCUCUGUUAAUCUUGUUUGGAAACAUUUUCAUUUGAAAAUUUUG